CCAAAAUCAAGAGCUAAAACCCUACCCCCACCUAAACCCACCUCAAAACGCCCCAAAAUUUCAAAACCCAAAACCACCACCACCCAUGGCGAAUCGACGGUGCCUCCAACUCCUGACCCGCCGCGUCUCCGCCCUAUUCUCAGCCAACCCACCAUUCCACACCCUCUCAACCCCACCUCCUCCCCUCUCUACCCAUCAACCCCUCAUCUCCAACUCCCCACUCGUUUUCACCCCCCAUUUGUCCGCCCACACCCGCCAUUUCUCGUCGGACCGAAACGACGACGUAAAUGAGGACAGUCAAGACGACGACGACGACGAUGAAAUUGGGUAUAGUAGUGACGACGGGAGUUUAUCGAAGAAUGGUGGGUCGAAAAGAGAGUACACGGCGGAGGAGAUGGAGGCGGAGGCGGCGGGUAUUGGGUACAAAGUGGUUGGGCCGCUUGAGAAGACUGAUGAUGGGGUUUUCAAGCCCUAUGAACCCGUUUUCGCUGUCAUUCAGAUUGGUUCGCAUCAGUUCAAAGUUAGUAAUGGGGACUCCAUUUUCACUGAAAGAUUGAAAUUUUGCGAGGUCAAUGAUAAGUUGAUAUUGAAUAAGGUUCUCUUGGUGGGCACAAGUAGUCAGACAAUGAUCGGCAGGCCAAUAGUUCCUGAUGCAGCAGUUCAUGCAGUUGUUGAAGAGCAUGCAUUAGAUGCAAAGGUACUUAUUUUUAAGAAAAAGAGGAGGAAGAAUUACCGUCGGACCAAAGGUCAUCGCCAAGAAUUAACCAAGUUGAGGAUUAUUGAUAUUCAAGGGAUUCAGAAACCAGAACCUGUAGUCACCGAAAAACCUUCAAAGGCACCUGGUAAGAAGCCAGAAAAGGUUGCAGUUGCUGCAUAGGAGGAAUAUUCUAUACGGUUGUUUAUUGGUAAUAAUGGCACUCUGAUCAUGGUGUUGUGCCUAACGGUGAGCAUGAUAAGAUUCCUGAAUUGCUCCAGGUACAUCUUGGGAUGUCAUAUGAAAUAGAAAGCUUACGAUGGAACUGGAUAGAUGUAGGAUUGGUGACAUAGAUUUUGUCCAUUUGUAUUUUCUGUAUUUUGUAGUGCAAGUUAUGAAACCUUGAGCUGAAUGAAUCGGUUUUGUUCCCUAAUAGAUCAUUUCAUUGCCCUGGUUUUCAAAAAAAAAAAACAAUUCAUUGUCCUGA